AUGCGUAAGUUCUUCCAGGAGAUCAAGGCCGACCUCAAGUUCAAGACCGCGGGGCCUGGCCAGAAGCUCUCGGAGCCGUCCCGGGUCCCCAAGGAGAAGCCGAAAGCCGAAGCAGCGCCGAAGCCCCGCCAGGGACCGACGGAUGAGGCGCAGAUGGCAGCGGCCGCGGCGCUGGCCAGGAUGGAGCUGAAGACCAAGGCCAAGCUGCCCCCGUCCCAGGAGGCCAUCAAGAACCAGGUGAGAAAAGAGCUGAUGGCUGAGGCAGCUGCAAGCGAGAGAGGGCUUCCCACGGAGGAGAAGGAUCUGAGCUGUCCACCCACGGAAGGGGCAGCUGCCCCCUCAGUUUCAGGGGUUUAUUUUGUUUGCCCCUUGACUGGUGCAGUUGUAAGGAAAGAUGAGAAGGAAAAACACCUCCGAGAAGCCAUCCAGUCGUACUUCUCUGUUGACCCAGUGGCUGCCUCCAUCAUGGAGAUCCACACCUUCAACAGGGACCGGGAGAAAGUACGAAUGGGAGUGGAGACCAUGGCCAAGUACCUGGACAACAUCUACCUCCAUCCAGAGGAGGAGAAGUACAGGAAAAUCAAACUGCAGAACAAAGUGUUUCAGGAAAGGAUAAGCUGCCUGGAAGGGACACACAGAUUUUUCAAGGCUGUUGGCUUUGAGACCAAAACGCUGCCUGUGCCAGAGCAAGAGACCACAGAGGAGUACUACGUGCUGAAGGAAGAGAUGCUGAGCAGGUUGGAAGACCUGAAGGACUACAGAGAGCAGCUUGUGAGCUCGGAGCCUGUGCGGGCCCAGCUGGAUCGCCAGCUCUGCCUCUUCAAACCCUCCCCUGCCGCCGCUCGCUUCGAGCUGCCCAACGACUUCUACAACCUCACCGCAGAGGAGAUCAAACGAGAGCAGCGGCUCCGGACAGAAGCAGUGGAAAAGGCUUCAAUGCUAAGGACGAGAGCCAUGAGAGAGAAGGAAGAACAAAGGGAGAUGAGGAAGUACAACUACACCCUGCUGCGAGUGCGCUUCCCUGAUGGAUACAUCCUCCAAGGGACUUUUUAUGCACGAGAAUCAUUGUCUGCACUCUACAGCUUUGUGAGAGAAGCACUCAGGAAUGAUUGGCUGCCCUUUGAGCUGCUGGGACCUGGAGGGCUCAAGCUGACUGAUGAGAGCUUGGCCUUCAAUGAAUGCGGGCUGGUGCCCUCAGCCCUCUUGACCCUUGCCUGGGACACAGCAGUCAUGGAGGACAUCCAGGCAGCAGAAGAGGAGCAGCCAGCAAGCUGCCUGAAACCAGAACUGCUCUCCAGAGUCCAGACACUGUCAUGAAAUAAAGGGGAGCAGAUUCAGUGCUGGUGGUUUUAGACUGUUCCCUCCUUGUCCCCCAGCUGGACUCCUGGGGCUUCCAGCUACAUGACCUCAGCAGUGGCUCUGGUUUAGCUCUAGAGGGGCAGGCUAGGCCCUGCCCUGUCACAGCAGCCCUGCAGUCACCUCCACAACUCCAGUAGCUGUACACAGAGUCUUGCCCAGUAGGACACUGAGAGGACUGCUCUGAGGGGCUUUAAAAGCCAAAUUCCAGCAGUGAUUGCUGGAGGGGGUUGCAGGAGCAGGGUGAGGCACAACUCUGCUCCCUCAGAAGGGGCACUGGGUACCAAUUCUAGGCUGGGUUAAGGAUGGACUGAGCCUGGGUGUGGGGCUGGGCUUAGGACUCAGCUUUUCCUUUUGCUUCUGUGUGCACUGUACCUCCUAGGGGAGAGAAUUUGUUUAGAUCAAGUUACCCUGAGGCUGAUUAAA